UUCGAACAGUAUUUUCAUUGUUUAAGCUGAAGUCCAAACCGCCAAAGUUAACCGUGUUUAUGUUUAGCUGUUUCGAUAUAUCUGAUUAUUAUAAAGUCUCGUAUUGGUCAGUGACGAGUUAAUAUGAUUGGGGAAAUUUGUAUAUACUUUCAUGUUUUACUUAUUAUUUAUUGUUUUCAUCGGCAAUCUGCUAGUGGUGAAAAAAUAAUAAUAGACACGGAUGCCGGAGGCGACGACGCCGUUGCCAUCCUGAUGAUGUUGAGAUUCGAAGCUUUCAAACCAAAGAAUUCAACCUUUGAAAUUAUUGGUAUCACCUGCACGUAUGGUAAUACAAAGUUAGAAAACGUAGAAGUCAAUGUAUUGAAAAUAUUAACUAUUGCUGGUAGAGACGACAUACCAGUUUACAGUGGUGUACAUAGCGGUAUCAUCGAAAAAUUUUCAAGUGAUGACGUUUAUGGCAAAGAUGGAUUCGGCGAUGCUGAAUUUUACCAAGAAAUAAAGGCUACUAUUGACAGAACCAAACAUGCAGCUGUCGCUAUCGUCGAAAUGGUUAAAUCGAACUCAGGCAACGUAAGCAUAAUCGCACUCGGGCCAUUGACAAAUCUUGCAAUAGCCCUGACUUUGGACAAAAAUUUGAUGAGUCAUGUCAAUCACUUGUAUAUCAUGGGUGGAAGUGUCGCAGGCGUUGGAAAUAUUAGACCUAACGUUGAAUUCAAUUUUGCUGCCGAUCCGAUCAGCAAUUUUGUAGCUUUUAAUGCGACUAGAGAAGAUCAAAUUACACUUAUUUCGUGGGAAACUGCAAUAGAUACUGAUUUAACAAAGGACUGGCGAAGAGAAGUUUUUGCAAAAUACGAUUCGCCGUACAUCAAAUUCUUAAACAAAGUCGAGCGUGUGAGCCUAAGAAAAUCAAGGAGACCCCAAUGGAUCAUAGCGGACGCGAUGGCCGCGGCUUGUUUGAUCGAACCGAAUCUAAUAACAACACAUGUGGUGAAAAACGUCGAUCCUGUGACAUUUGGCGAAGCCAGAGGAUCAGUGCUGAUAGACUAUGCCGAACGUACGGGAAAGUUGCGAAAUACUAAAAUUGCGCAAAAGAUGGAUAAAAAGCUUUUCAAAAAUAUGCUGAUUCGAUAUCUGACAUGCGAAGAACUAUCCUGUUGAAUAUGAAAAUAAACCGUGAUAAUAAUUAAAUAGAAGAUAAUGGCGAAACUGAGACCUAGGUGAAAUUAUUAUUGAAGAAAUAUAUCUUGCUAAAAAAAUUGAUUGAAUAUGUAUAUUAGAUAAAUGCUAAUUAAACAAUUAAAUGGCAUGUCAAUAA